AUGAACCGCAUAUCACUGGACCAGAAGCCAAACCCCAAAGCCUCGGACCCAAUGGCCGCGUAUCAGACAUUACUGCAGGACUAUAUGGCUAUGCCUGCCGUCACCCGCGCCUACACCACAGCCUGUGUCCUCACAACUGUCGCUGUGCAAUUGGACUUAAUAUCGCCGUUUCAGCUGUACUUCAAUCCGAUUCUUAUUUUCCGCAAUUAUCAGUUAUGGCGAUUGUUGACCACAUUCUUGUUCUUCGGCUCAUUUGGUUUUACGUUUUUGUUUAAUUUGAUUUUUACGUACCGUUACUGCCGUAUGUUAGAAGAGGGCUCUUUCAGGUCACGAACCGCCGACUUCUUCUACAUGUUUCUUAUUGGAGGAAUUCUUAUGAUUAUCAUUGCAUUCUUCGUGAAUCUGCUAUUUCUGGGCCACGCCUUCACCAUAAUGUUGGUCUACGUGUGGAGUCGUCGUAAUCCAUACGUACGGAUGAACUUCUUCGGUCUCCUCAACUUCCAGGCGCCGUAUUUGCCGUGGGUUUUGCUCGCCUUCUCUCUAUUGCUCGGAAACGCCAUUUUAGUCGAUCUCAUGGGUAUAGCUGUCGGACAUAUCUACUACUUUCUGGAGGACGUCUUCCCCAACCAGAGAGGAGGCUUCAGGAUAUUAGAGACGCCAAAGUUUAUUAAAUACUUAUUUGAAUUACAAGCGGACGAACCGAUGGGCGAAGAGAGACCCGAGAGAUUCAAUUUCGACGAAAACAGAGAUCAGCAAUAAUUAAUGCAUGACUUUCUUAAGAAAUGUUAAUUUGUUUUUUGUUUUUCAUAAAAACUGGUCA